UCCGAGAAAGAAAUAGUUAUUCCUGUAUUUUUGCGACAUUUCCUACAAGACAACGGAUAUGGACACAGAGCUUCAACCGGCCCCCGAAUCGCUCUUUCGGCCGGUCAAGAGACGAAAGUUCCUGCGACGCCGUCCAGACCACGAACAAGAAGACAGCGAAGUGAACGGUGAUAGCGGUCGCGAUACAGAGAGCUCUACGGCACAAACACCCCAAGAAACAGAUGACGUUGUUCGCUUUCGACGGCCUCAAAGGACUCGGAAAGGUGGUAUUGAGUUCUCAACCACCGGUUCGCGCCAGACCACCGACAACGAUGCUCAGGCUGUAGCACAGCGAUCCGCAGAAGAGACUGAAGACGAGAGACUACGAGCGAUGUGUGAUCGAUUUACCGUACAUACGGGGCAAACAGUGGACGUGGAUAAGCACAUGAUGGAUUUUAUAGAAACCGAAAUGGCUAAGCGUCAUCGGCGUGAUAUGCCCAAAGAUACCUCUGAUUCAGAAACUACUACAAACGAAGCCAUUAGUGGACCGGCCGGCAGCACCAACUUUGCGCGGCGUGAACCAGCGACUCUUGGUAAAUUACACGAGAUCGAUCUCGGCCAGGAGACCAAGCUACAGAAUAUCGCGCGAACAGAGGCCGCGACGAGGCGACUUGCAGGAAGUGGUGAUGCAGCAGCAGCAACACCCGCGGAAAAUACCAGUGAGAAGACUGCAGUCGAACAAGACAGGAAAGCUUGGCGAGAUCGCAAACGACGAAGUAGCAGAGAUAUUGAACGAGAUCGACUGGUUGAAGAAGUGUUGCAGGAGAGCAAAUUGGAUGUAUAUGAUGAACCGGACGACGAGCCACGAAUGGAUGAUAUGGCGGCCGAUGACCGCAUUGCCGAACAAUUCCGGAGAGACUUUAUGGAUGCGAUUCAAUCACGCCGGCGGGUGGCGCGACAGAAGAACACGACGACCACCAAGGCGGCCAAGCCAGAGGUUACCAAAGGACCAAAACUUGGGGGGAGCCGGAGUGCAAGAGCAGCGAUGCGGGAGUCGCAGAAGACUCAGAAAUGAGCAAUUGUCUUUCCUACCUGCGUGUCUAUGAUGAGACAGUAGCAUGGACGAUUGAUUGGCCGUCAAGACAUUUAUACUCUGAGUAACAUGACCAAUACAAGGACGGCCUGGAAAGAAGGUUUGGUAUUCCAGGGCGAUAAGUCUUGCCCGUCUUUUGUCGAUAGUGGGUAUUUUAUGAUACCUGUAUAAAGUCGUGACUCAAACCGCGGCCAGGGAUGUAGAUAUGAAUCGAGGGAUAAUUGUUACUCUACAUAUGAUUGUCUACAGGGCAGUCCCUGUAAAAUAGGCGAGAUUCAGCAAGGACCGACCUGGAUUCUAGGGUGGGAGGAGGCUGGCCCACCGGGUGGAGAGCUGUGUCUGAUUUAGAUAUCUCAAUAAGCGCCUAGUUAAAUAAAUGUGAUUAUUCUUAGAAGCGGC